AUGGGGGAUUCACAACAAGGAAAUAAGAAAGGAAAGGGCAAAGAGAAAGAGAACUAUGAAUCUUGGACCAUGGAUGAUACUAAUGUGUUGUUGCACCUCUUGGUGGAUGCUAUCAACAAUGGAUUGUGUGAUGCUAAUGGAUCACUUAGCAAACAAAAUGUAGAAAGAGUGAUACUUCAUCAUCUUAAUGCAAAGACUAGGUUUCCUAAAACUUAUAAUCAUUACUUGAGUCGGCUAAAGUGGUUGAAGAACAAAUAUAACAAAAUGUCGACGCUUAUGCGUAACAACUCUGGCUUUGGGUGGGACACAGUUACAAAGACAUUAACUGCUAGUGAUGAAGUAUGGGAAGUUUACUUGAAGGUAUAUUAA